UGUCAGAGUGUCCCACGUCGUUUUGAUCUACGAAAAUCUACAAAAAUUGCGGGAAUUUUUGGUAGAUCAAACCUUGAUGGGACAGCCUGACACACAUACACGUGCCGUACUCAUUUCUCUUAAUUCCCGUUAAAUAUAUUUUUUGAAAUCUCUAGAACUAUGACAAUCUCAAUGAUAUCUCCGUCAUCAAUCCGCCUAUCCAGUGACAAACGUGACUCUUCCUCAUCCAACCUGCCCGCCAACAUCGAAGAGGACACCCAGUCGGUGUCCUCUUCGGAUUCUGGAGUAUCUGCCGACUCUAUUGACCACCAUCAUCACGGUCAUGGGCAUGGGCACUCUCAUGGGGGUCAUGGGCACUCACACACACACAAUAAUGAUGAUUCCUCUUCGGAUUGUAGUGGAGCAGGAGGAGGAGCGCAUAAGCAUAGUCAUGAUGAGAAAUAUCAAAAGGGUCGCCGAGCAGAAAAAGUGCUAUGGGCAGUUGCAGCACUAUCCGCAGUCUUCAUCGCCGCCGAGUUCGUCGGUGGAUUCUGGGCUCAAUCGCUAGCAAUUAUGACAGACGCCGGACACAUGCUCAGUGAUCUUCUCUCAUUCAUCAUCUCAAUUUUUGCGAUUCGUUGUGCACGUCUUCCCGCAUCGAAGCGUCUUUCAUUCGGUUACGAGCGAGCCGAAGUUCUUGGUGCUCUGACGUCUGUGAUCAUUCUCUGGGUGCUCACGACAGUGCUCGUCGUCGUCGCUAUUCAGCGAAUUGUGAACAAUGAGCAUGAGGUGGAUGCUGAUGUGAUGCUCAUCACCGCGGGCGUCGGAGUCCUUUUUAAUAUCGUUAUGGGAUUGGUGUUGCACUUCGGAACUGGAGGUCAUGGGCACACUCAUGGAGGACACUCAAGUCAUGGACAUGCUCAUGAUGGAAAGAAUGUGAAUGUUAGAGCUGCUCUGAUUCAUGUCAUUGGAGAUUUGGUGCAAUCCAUUGGAGUCCUGAUUGCUGCCCUUAUCAUUAGGUUUACCGGAUGGACACUUGCCGAUCCGAUUUGCACAUUCCUUUUCUCGAUUAUCGUGCUCUUCACGACGGUUACAGUUAUGCGGGACAUCUUUUUCGUUUUGAUGGAAGCCACACCGAGCCACUAUGACUUGAGUGAUGUGAAGAAGGCGUUGAGUGCGUUGGAAGGUGUAAAAGGUGUUCAUGAUUUGCAUUUAUGGUCUAUUGGAAUGGAUAAGACUGCGUUUUCGGUGCAUUUGGCACUUGAAUCUCCUAACCGCGCCAUGGAAAAUGUUGCCGAAGCCCGUUCCCUGAUCCGCCGGCGAUUCGGAGUUGCCGUCGCCACUGUCCAAGUGGAGCCGUUCGACGAGAAAAUCGAUUCCUGUGACACGUGUCAACAACAGGAAACUGCUUGAUUCCAGUCCUCCAUCGUUCUUCUAAUCUAUUACGAUACGGGCAAACUUCUACGUUUUUUUUUUCCAAUCAAUUUCAUUUUUUUCAAAACGUUUACUUUUCUCGACUUUUCCUGUCAGUUUUUUGACCUACUCACACGGGUUGUAUUCAUUUGGCACAUCCAGAGAUGCCUACUAAUGUUCAUAUUUUUCCUUACUGUCCAAUCCUGUCAAAUCGAUAAUAAAUGGCUUUAAUUUUU